AUGCCAAUUGUCCAAGUUGGAAGCAUUCACGUCGACUUUCCCUAUAAUCCCUAUCCCUGCCAGGUUUCCUACAUGCAAAACGUCAUAGAUGCGCUUAAUGAGGUAAGAUGUGUCACACGGCUUGUCAGACAAACUGAUUUCAGAGACGUCACGCAAUUUUGGAGUCCCCCACCGGCACCGGAAAGACGCUCUGUCUCCUGUGUGCCUCUCUCGCCUGGCUGGACUACGUCCGUGCGCAACAGCAGCUCACCGCCCUAACAGCCUGGGACACCUCCCAUCCCACCUCCGAGGCCCCCUUCUCCGGUCUGAACAAGCUAGACAACCCGCUGAUCAUCUUCUCCUCCCGCACGCACGCCCAGUUGAAUCAGGCGAUUCAGGCCUUUAAGAAUACGGUCUACUCCAGGUAG